AUGCCAUUUAUUCGUCGAACUACUAGCCAAAUUAAUAAGCAUGGUCCAAAGAAAGAUUGUGUCGCCUAUCAUGGCAUGCAUCUUAAUAGCGAACAGCGUAGUUUUUUCACGAAAAAUAAAUUAUUUCGGUCUCCAGGUUUUACUUCAACAACAAAAAAGAAGGAAGUGGCAAAAACACUCGGUAAUACUUUGUUCGAGAUUCGCAUCUCUGCUCGCUGUUCACAAGUAAGAGAUAUAUCACAAUUUUCACACUUUAAGUAUGAAGAAAAAAUGCUAUUUUCUCCUCAUUCUCGCUUCCAAGUUGUAACAACAUUUAAUGAAGUAAUCAUUUUACGAGCAAUAGAUAACUUAUCAAAAAUUGAAAUGAUUGACUCUAAUAAUGAUGCUGACAAUGAUUCAAGUGAUGGCGUAAAAUUCUAUUGGCAUUACUAUUGUUUAAUUAAACCUAAAACAGUUCCUUGGGAUUACUAUACACCACCAGCUAGUGAAAAAAAGCAAAAAAGCUGGAUUACUUAUAAAACAAGUGCUCUCAAAUCUCAUACAACAAUUUUUCCAAAGCCUAAUAAACCGGAUACCUCGAUAUCUUUUACAAAAAGUACUUCAAUUCCUAAUAAAACAAGUACUUCGAAUAAUAUGGAAAAAACUGUUUCAACUUCCGUUAAAAACAACAAAUCCUCCUUAUGUACAAUACUCUGA